AUGGGACCCCCUGAAAGACCAUCCACCAGCUGGAUGCGCCAGGAAUCAGAAAUGUCCUUCCAUUCCCAGCUGGAUGAGGGGAGCAGAGGGUGGAGGCCUGGGGAUGAGGGUGGUGCUGCCCCUCCACCUCUACCACCGCUGCCCCUCUCUCCGGCUCUGUCCUUCUUCUUCCUCCUGCCACUGGCCAGUGCCCUCCAGACCAGUCUACUGCCCUUUCCAGAGCUAAGGCUGGUGGGGGGCCCGAGCCGCUGUCGGGGGCGCCUGGAGGUCCUGCAUGGCGGUUCUUGGGGCAGCGUCUGCGAUGACGAUUGGGACGUGGUGGAUGCCAACGUGGUGUGCCGUCAGCUGGGCUGUGGCCUGGCACUGCCCGUGCCUCGCCCCCUCGCCUUUGGCCAGGGCCGAGGCCCCAUCCUUCUGGACAAUGUGGAGUGCCGCGGGCAGGAAGCUGCGCUGAGCGAGUGUGGCAGCCGAGGCUGGGGCGUCCACAACUGCUUUCACUAUGAGGAUGUGGCCGUCCUGUGCAAUGAAUUCUUGCCCACGCAGCCGCCCAUGAGGAAAGCCUUAACCAGUAGUGCACCCCCUACAGUUUCUCAGAAUGGGAAAGGGGAGGGCAGCGUGCGCCUGGUGGGGGGCGCCGGCCCAUGCCAGGGCAGAGUGGAGAUCCUGCACGGCGGCCUGUGGGGCACUGUGUGCGACGACGACUGGGGACUGCCGGAUGCUGCCGUGGUCUGCCGCCAGCUGGGCUGCGGGGCGGCCGUGGCUGCCACCACCAACGCCUUCUUCGGCUACGGCACGGGGCACAUCCUGCUGGACAACGUGCACUGCGAGGGUGGCGAGCCCCGCCUGGCUGCCUGCCAGAGCCUGGGCUGGGGCGUGCACAACUGCGGCCACCACGAGGACGCAGGCGCGCUCUGUGCAGUCCUGGGACCUCCAACUCUCACAGCACUGUCACCCUCAGCCAUGAGAGAGGACUGGGCCUGGCAUACGGAGCCAGAAGCUACCCCCGUGGGUGCCCAGCUUUCAGGGGAAACGGUACUGUUGACCACAGCCACCUGGGCCUCGGGGAAAAAAAGCGGGCGGCUGCGGCUGGUGGGUGGCCCGGGCCCGUGCCGCGGCCGCGUGGAGGUGCUGUACGCUGGGGGCUGGGGCACCGUGUGCGACGAUGACUGGGACUUCGCGGACGCGCGCGUGGCCUGCCGUGAAGCCGGCUGCGGGCCUGCGCUGGGCGCCACCGGCCUCGGUCACUUCGGCUACGGCCGGGGCCCUGUGCUGCUGGACAACGUGGGCUGUACGGGCACCGAAGCACGCCUGAGCGACUGCUUCCACCUGGGCUGGGGUCAGCACAACUGCGGUCACCACGAGGACGCAGGCGCACUGUGCGCAGGCCCAGAGGAGCUGGGACUGCAUGUCCAACAGGAUGGCUCAGAGACCACCCGGGUGCCCACUCCUCGGCCUAGGGACGGGCACCUACGUCUGGCCAGUGGCACCCACCGGUGUGAAGGGCGUGUAGAGCUCUUCCUAGGGCAACGGUGGGGUACUAUCUGUGAUGAUGCAUGGGACCUACGGGCAGCCAGUGUCUUGUGCCGCCAGCUGGGCUGUGGCCAGGCCCUGGCAGCCCCUGGAGAGGCACACUUUGGCCCAGGCCGAGGCCCCAUCCUGCUGGACAAUGUCAAGUGCCGCGGAGAUGAGAGCACCCUGCUUCUCUGUUCUCACAUCCGCUGGGAUGUCCACAACUGUGACCACAGCGAGGAUGCCAGUGUCCUGUGCCAGCCAUCAUGACCCCAUUAACUCUGGAGCCUGCCUCUCUUCAGGAAGCCUGCUCCUUCUCCAGGAAGCCCCCUGUGACUUCUCCUGUUCACUUUGCCCAUCCCUCCUUUGUCUGGAAGACAGGCCACCUACCUGUUCAGUAUAGUCCUGCUUGGAGGAGCCUGACAGUACACCUAUCCACAUAUCGACUAUUUUCAGCCCAAUGCAAUGAAAGUGUUCAUGUUAUUCUCAGCACAAACAAAAAAAAAUAGGAGAAAGAGUACUUACUCUAACUCCUCUUUACUGAGGUUUCUCUUCCAAUCACCCUGAACCUGCCUUCCUCUAUAUCUGGGUGGCUCAGGGGCUCUCUGUAAAUGGGUUAUGUUCCUUUUCCCUGACUUAUCUUGGGAUCCCCAAGAAGAGAGGCAGGAGAGCCUGACAGCUCAUUCCUUAUACUCACUGGGGCUGAAGAACCUGGGUCAUUGCCCCACCCUACUCAGUGAGGGCCUGGAUUCUGAUGGUGCUCAGCUGGACAAGGGAACUGAAGGGUGCCAAGCUGGGACAGUGGCUCCUCCCAACAGCUGGGCCCACCUCUCCAAUUUACCCUGUCCCUAGCAUGGAGCCUCCCAUUUGCAAAGAUGACUGGAGAAGGGGGGAAAGGGGAGGCU